AUGUAUGGCUCAGUCGAUGUAUCUUCACUGAGAUUGGCAACGGAUGUAGUGGUACCACCUAAGUUUAAAGUUCCGGACUUUGACAAUUAUACCGGAAAUUCAGACCCCCGCAUCCAUUUGGCCACUUACAUAGCCAAGAUGUCCGCCCUCACAGAAGAUGAUAGACUUCUGGUCCAUUUCUUUCAUGAAAGCCUCUCCGGGACAGCCUUACGAUGGUGCAUACAACUGGAUAGGAGUAAACUACGCUCCUGUAAAGAUUUGGCUGAUACUUUCCUCAAGCAGUACAAGCUCAAUUGCAAUGUCGCCCCGACACGAAAAGACCUUCAAAAUCUAGUGUUGCAAGAGAAGGAGAGCUUUAAGGAAUAUGCACAGAGAUGGAGAGAGAAGGCAGUUGAGCUUUGCUUUCUCUUCAUUGAAACCGUGAAGGCCUCGUAUUUCAAUUUAAUGAUCGGAAAUAUGUCUAAUAGCUUUUCCAACAUUAUCCAAGCUAGCGAAAGAAUUGAAGCUAACCUCAAGUUAGGAAGGUUGCAGGAGUUGACUAGAGAAAACUCUGCAAAGAAAACGACAAGUUUCGGGAAGAAGAAGGAAGGCAAUGGCAUGAAUGUGAUAAAACCUAGGGAUGAAAGCGAAGAGUCUCCUUUGGAACCAUCCAUCGAUGUCAUACAGCUAGACUCCGUGUCCGAGGCGUUGAUUUCACCAAUCGCUGAAGGGCAAGAACUUGAUAAUUGGGAAGCAGAAGAUAACCCCUUGCUUAAUCUCGAGUAA